AAAUCCAGACCCCCGUAGUCUAUCCCCAUUCACGACAUCUCCGAGUUUCUCUCUCUCUACUCUCUCUCUACUGCGCAGCUAGGGUUUCACAUUCGCCGGUGCGGAGAGAGCAUCCAACUCCAAAAAAUGACGACCGUCGUGCCAACAUCUGAAGAAGAUCCGGCCCUCUCCGUCGUUCGCUUCACCUCCGAGGUUUCCUGGGCCGAUGCUGGUCCAGAGGUUGUAGAGUCACAAGUGAAAAGACUAUGCAUUGAGGCACAAGAAUGCAUAGUGAUGGGCAGAUGGUUGGAGUUGGCUUCACUUAUGCUAACUUCCGCUGACGUGAUAUUUUCAAAAGUUUCUGAUAAAGAUCUUGAGUGCAUCUUCACUGUAAUUUGCAAUCUUGUAAGAAAGCCUGAAAGUUUGGAUGAGUCAUUAGAGAUGGCACAGCUUAUAUCCACGAAAAUCACCCAACAACCAAAUGAGAAGCCUGCAUUGCGAUUGAAGAUCAUGUUCAAUCUGUAUAACCUAUUGGAGAAUCCGUACAGCCGGUUCUUUGUUUACAUGAAAGCACUUGAUCUGGCACUGGCAGCUAACGGGAAGAUCACUGAACACAUUAUUCCUUCUUUUAAAAAGAUGGAUAAUUUAUUGGGAGAAUGGAACAUCGGGAUCCAGGAUCAAAGGAAAUUAUUUCUCACAGUCUCUAAUAUUUUGAAAGAAAGUAAAAGCUCCGGGAAGGAUUCUUUCAAAUUCUUGACGAAGUAUCUCGCAACUUUUUCUGGUGAAGAUGCGCAUACCAUUGGUGAAGCUAAGGAGGAAGCUGUGCGCAGUAUUGUUGAGUUUGUGAAGGCAUCUGACAUGUUUCAGUGCGAUUUGCUUGAUAUGCCCGCUGUCGCACAAUUGGAGAAAGAUGCGAAAUACGCAUUGGUGUAUCAGCUUCUGAAGAUCUUUUUGACACAGAGGCUGGAUGCAUACUUGGAUUUUCAUGGAGCAAAUUCCACUUUGCUGAAAAGCCAUGGUCUUGUCCAUGAAGACUGUAUAGCAAAGAUGAGGUUGAUGUCAUUGGUAGAUCUUGCCUCUGUUGAAACUGGCCAAAUUUCCUAUGCACUAAUCAAGGACACUCUCCGGAUCAAUGAUGAUGAGGUGGAAAUGUGGGUUGUUAAGGCAAUCACGGCUAAGUUAAUUGAUUGUAAGAUGGAUCAGAUGAAUCAAGUUGUAAUUGUAAGCCGCUGCACUGAGCGUGUGUUUGGAAAUCGUCAAUGGCAAUCUCUUCGAACAAAGCUUGCAACAUGGAGGGUAAAGUGCUCCUUCCUUUUUCUUUCCCCUUCUGAACCUCUAUUUCUGGCUUUUUAUACUGUACUAUGCAUCACGUGGAUCAUGGAUUUGGUAGUCAAAGAACAGGCGUUUGCUUUUGUAAUAGGUAGGUAGUGGACUGGUGGUAAUGUUUUGAGGUUGUGCUGUUUGCCCGGUUUAGUCUGGCCUGCUGGGGGAUAGUGUACUAGAAUCAGAGAUUCAGAAGUAACACUCUUUUGGCAAGAUCAGCUAAGAAUCAUGGCUAUAGUGGUGUGGCCUGAUAAUGCAAAGCUACAAAAGUAUCAUAUUCUUGUUGGGUGGCUAAAUCCCCAUGGACUAAUUGUGCAAGUCCCUUAGUGAAAGAGCUCUUGAUCAGUUAGUGGGAAAAAGAUGAAUGGAAACAUAAUUCGAAAAGGCAAUCCUGAUACUCAGACUAAAAUGAAAAGAAGAAAGAAACCUCUAGAGUAGGUCCAUGCACCAAAUCUGCAUUUGGUUCUCCAUAUGGGCAGCCAGCUUUGUGUUGUAUCCGCUAUGAGGCUGUAGAUGUCACCAUAAGAGGUUUUAUAUUUUCUUUUGCUGCCCUCAAUUAUAUGUGAGAGAAGCUCUAUGACUGCUGUCGAUAGGAACGCAUGAUCAAAUGAACGUUCCUGCAAUUUGAAGUAGAGAAAAGAAAGAGUAAGGUUUCUUCUGCCGCUGAUGCUGGAGGAAAAUGCUUGAGUCUCUCUCUCUCUCUCUCUGAAUUUUGUUCUCGCCCUUCUUUGGAUCUAGUUAGAUAAGAGUUUGGGAUUAGGAAAGUGAUUUUUCAGUUAUGAUAUUCUGACAAUCAGUACAAUUAUCUUCAUGCUUGUCAAAUUCAAAUUGGAUAAUUUAGUUUUGCUUCUUAGCGAUCUAAAUAUCUGUUUUGUCAUUCGCAAAGUUGAAGUCGAGAGCAAUUAUUCUUUGUAGACUUUGGAACUAAUUGAUUUAACUUGGUGAUUCUGGGGUUUCUUGUGUUUCAAAGUUGGGAAACUGGAGUUCUAUGUGCCUUGCUUGCGUCUCAGUCCAACCACUAGAUUAGGAUGCGAUUGAACACCUGGGAAUGAUUUCUGGUCUAAUACGGUGUAAGGGAAGAUUAUAUCAGGAUAUGUGACAUCUUGUCCAACGUAGAAGGUGUUCUGCUUGUUUGGUCUCACUCCGGUCUCGGUCCAUACACUAGAGGAUUAUGUGAUUUCGUAUCUGGGAAUGUGACAUCUUGUCCAACUGUGUUUACUUGUUUGGUCUCUCUCCGGUCUUGGUCCAAAUACUAAGCUACUAUGUGAUUUCAUAUCUGGGAAUGAUUUCUUAUUUUAAGUUGAUCAGUGGAAUAGAGAUCUCAGGGGGAUAUUGUGUCCAAGCAUGAUGUAUUUUGUUUGUUUGGUCAUCUUUUAUAUCAGGAAAUAACUCUUCGUGCCCGCUUUUCUCCAGGGUAACAUAGCAAAUGUCAUUACCACCAUCCAAGCUAACAAGUUAACAGAAGAUGGCACACAAGCAAUGCAAGGCUUGGCAAUACGUUGAGAGUUCUCCUUCGGCAACAAGUUCAAAAGCCACAUCCUCCUGUUUUGAGAAAGGUCGGUCAGACUUGUGGCAGGCGCGAACUAUAUUUGUUUUUAGUUUCAGUUAUGCUUUUGGUCUAGUUAGAACCAAUUUUAUGUAUCAUGGAAAUUUUGACAGUGACAAAUCGUUGGAGCUAAUAUUUGUCUCUGUUUAUUUUUUGUUCCUGUUCCUCCAAAUUUUUUAACGCAUCUUUGAAAGCAAAUCCAUGUUGGCAUUAAGGCUUUUAAGCA